AGCUGGACACUCAUCACACACUGAUUUUGCGAAUUUCCUUGAAACACCCUUCAAACUCGAACUAUAUAUAAACCCAUUCCAAAUCCUUUCAACUCUCACUUUCCCUCUCAAACACAAAACAACGUUAGUAACUGCAACUAACUAGUGACUAACUACCAACCAACUACCUCUUUCGCAACUCAAAAGAAAAACUUCAAAGAACCCAACUUUAUGUUUUCCAUCAAUCGUUUCUCCGACCCACAUGGGAACUCGCCGGGGGCGGGAGGCUCCCGGCCGUCGACGGCGGCGCUGUCGGAUGAGGAGGUGUUUCUGGCGGCGAGCCACCCCAAGAAGCGCGCCGGGAGGAAGAAGUUCCGGGAGACGCGGCACCCGGUGUACCGCGGCGUGAGGAGAAGGGACUCCGGCAAGUGGGUGUGCGAGGUGCGUGAGCCCAACAAGAAGACAAGGAUUUGGCUCGGGACCUUCCCCACGGCGGAGAUGGCGGCGCGUGCGCACGACGUCGCCGCGAUCGCGCUCCGGGGGAGGUCUGCCUGCCUCAAUUUCGCCGACUCCGCGUGGCGGUUGCCGGUCCCGGCCACGGCGGAGGCCAGGGACAUCCAGAAGGCGGCGGCGGAAGCGGCGGAGGCGUUUCGGCCCGGGGUGGAGUCGGAGAUUAAGGAGGAUGUGGCAGCGGAGGCGACGGAGCAUGAAGAAGAAGAAGAAGAGGCGGUGCCGGAGUUUCUAAGGAACAUGGUGCUGAUGUCACCGACGCAUUGCGUGGGGAGUGAGAAUGGAUAUGCUGACGUGGAAUUCGACGAUGCUGAAGUUUCUCUGUGGAGUUACUCCUUUUAAUUCAACAUAACUCGAUUGGUUUUUGAUAUUUUGGGGAAUGGAAUUGUUUGCGUGGGACUUGUAGAAUAGUGUCCGUACUUAUACUUUUUUUUACUAGUACGGAUGCUUGUUUUAGGUGUCCAUAACAUACUAGAUCAGAAACAAACAACUAUAAAAUGUUAUAGAUCACAAAGAUGUUACAGGAUUUUUUUUUUCUUUUUUUUUUGUAUAUAGUUGAUAUUUCAAAAUAAAGAAUUGUAUUUUUUUUAUUAAUUACUUUUCUCAAUGUAAUUAUGCAUGUACAGUAUAUGAGAUAUUGUAUAGAGAGAAAUGUAAAUGUAAUUAACAAUAUAAUGUAAUAAGAGGAGAGAUAUACAGAGCAAUUAAGAGUAUUAAGAUAUUUUCAUUUUAAUAAAUGUA